GCGGGGCGGGGCCAGGCCUCGGGUCCUCAAACGCCGGCGCCGAGCGGCUGUCCCGGCGCUGACUGCGGACCCGGGAGGCCUGGAGGCCGGAGGGUGGAUAUGCCGGGGGUCGUUCACAUCCUUUCCCUGCUGCUGGUGCCGCUGAUGCUGGGCUCUGGGGGUGGCUUGAAAAAUGCCCCCCUGAGGACUUUCAAGAUCGACUACAACCGUAACUGCUUCCUCAAGGAUGGCCAACCAUUCCGCUACAUCUCAGGAAGUAUUCACUAUUUCCGCAUGCCCCGCUUCUACUGGAAGGACCGGCUGCUGAAGAUGAAGAUGGCCGGGCUGAAUGCCAUUGAGACGUACGUUGCCUGGAACUUCCACGAGCCCUGGCCAGGAAAGUACCAAUUCACUGGGGACCAUGAUGUGGAGUAUUUUAUUAGUCUGGCCCAUCAGCUGGGACUGCUGGUGAUCCUGAGGCCUGGACCCUACAUCUGUGCGGAGUGGGACAUGGGAGGAUUACCUGCUUGGCUACUGGAGAAGGAAUCUAUCGUUCUCCGUUCUUCCCAUCCAGACUACCUUGCAGCUGUGGACAAGUGGUUGGGUGUCCUUCUGCCCAAGAUGAAGCCUCUCCUCUAUCAGAAUGGAGGGCCAAUUAUUACAGUGCAGGUUGAAAAUGAAUAUGGCAGCUACUAUAGCUGUGAUUACAACUACCUGCGUUUCCUGCAGAAGCGUUUCCACUACUACUUGGGUGAGGAUGUGGUCCUGUUCACCACUGAUGGGGCGCAUGAGAAAUUCCUGGCGUGUGGGACGCUGGAGGGCCUCUAUGCCACAGUGGACUUCGGAGUAGAUGCCAACAUCACAGCUGCUUUUCUAAUGCAGAGGAAGUAUGAACCCAGAGGACCCUUGAUCAAUUCUGAAUUCUACACUGGCUGGUUAGACCAUUGGGGCCAACCUCACUCGACAGUCAAGACUCAAGUGGUGGCUUCUUUCCUCCACGACAUACUUGCCCUUGGUGCAAAUGUGAACAUGUACAUGUUUAUUGGUGGCACCAAUUUCGCCUAUUGGAAUGGGGCCAACACACCCUACCAACCACAGCCCACCAGCUAUGAUUAUGAUGCCCCACUGAGUGAGGCUGGGGAUCUCACUGAGAAGUAUUUUGCUCUGCGAGAUGUGAUUCAGAAGUUCAAAAAAGUACCAGAAGGUCUUAUUCCUCCAUCCACACCCAAGUUUGCAUAUGGAAAAGUUGCUCUGAAAAAGUUAAAAACAGUGGUGGAAGCUCUGGACAUUCUGUGUCCCUCUGGACCCAUAAAAAGCUUUUAUCCCUUGACAUUUAUCCAGGUGAAACAGUAUUUUGGGUUUGUACUGUACCGGACAACGCUUCCUAAAGAUUGCAAGGACCCAACACAUCUCUCUUCGCCCUUCAAUGGUGUCCACGAUCGGGCUUAUGUCUCUGUGGACGGGGUCCCCCAGGGAGUCCUUGAGCGAAAUAUUGUGAUUACCCUGAACAUAACAGGGAAAGCUGGAGCCACCCUGGACCUCCUGGUGGAGAACAUGGGGCGUGUGAACUAUGGCAAUUCCAUCAAUGAUUUUAAGGGUCUUAUUUCUAACCUGACCCUUGGUUCCAGUAUCCUCACUGACUGGAAGAUCUUCCCGAUGGACACUGAGGAUGCAGUUCGCCGCCACCUUGGGGCCUGGCAUGGCCAUGGUGGCAAGGGCAACCAUGAAGCCCAUACCCACAGCCCAUCUAAGUACACACUGCCAGCCUUUUAUGUGGCUAACUUCUCUAUUCCCAGUGAGAUCCCAGACUUGCCCCAGGACACCUUUAUCCAGUUUCCUGGAUGGACCAAGGGUCAGGUGUGGAUAAAUGGUUUUAACCUUGGCCGCUAUUGGCCAGCUCGAGGUCCCCAGAAGACCUUAUUUGUGCCGCAGCACAUCCUGGUGACCUCGGCUCCAAACACCAUCAUCGUGCUGGAGCUGGAGCAUGCACCCUGCGGGGACAAGGGGCCGUGCACCGUGGAGUUCGUGGACAAGCCGCUUAUUGGCACAACCGAGACCUGGAGCCAUGUCCCUCAAGACCAAAACCGAGACUCACACUCAAAGCCAGGCCGCGUGUAAUGACGAUGACUGUGACCCUUUGGAACUGUAGCCCUGCACAUACCUCACAUAACCCUCAGAAUGCCAGCAUUCACUGAGGCGUUCGACUGGAAAACAGAUGAGUUGUUUUCUCACCCAAGGAUUUCCUGCAGCCUUGUGGCACCUGAGGCACCCCUGUCCACUGCACAGAUGUGGGGUAGGAUGGUGGUAGCCCAGCAAUGCACAGAAGCCUCCAAAGAAUUGAAACGGAGGCUUUAAGGGUGUUUCUAAUUUUCACUUUGGAAGAAUCAUGUCUUUUUAUUAAAUAAAAUUUGUAUUCAAAUGA